ACGAUAAAAUAGAUUUAUCAGGAGGAUGCCGCCGCGGUUGACAUCCUGCGGACGUUCGGAUUUCUUUUUCCAUUAUAAAGUGUCCGGUCCUUUUUCUCGACCUCUUGCAAAUAUAUUUCCAUGAAAAGCGCCUGCGUCAAAUCCCGGAUUCAUCCGUCGAGAAUCCUCAGCAUCCAGUGUAGCUCUGUUCUUAGAGUUGCUCGCGUCGGAUAAUUCUUUUUUUUUUCUUUUCACAUAUACUCCGGGGGUUGAAAAUUUGCACCUCCUUGUGUAACUCCACAUACCGUUUUAAACGUAAUUUUUCGUUUCACAUGUAGUCGAAUGUAGUCGCGUAAAUAUAUUCUUUUCUUUUCCAUUAGAGUGAGAGUCAUCAACUCACGGGAAGGAUUUCUUUUUUUUUCUUUGGUUUUUUAAUGCGUUUCGAAAAUAUUGCUUUUCAAUGUGAUUUUUCGAUUUUUAUAGAUAAAAUGUAGUCAAGAGAAAUUGAAGCAAGCUGUAGUGCAAGAAUGAAUGAAUGAAUUGAAAACAGUUUUAGCGUGCGGGUGAAAUUUGAACAAUGAAUAGUGGUGAAUCGAGAGUGACCUUGACGUAUGGGACAUCGUCAAUUCUGGGCUUGAAGGGUUCGUAAUUAAAGCCGAUAAAGGGUGUUAAUAAAGAAGAGGAGCCCUAGGGGUGCAUCUCGGCCCUUAAAAAGGCCGAGAUAGGUGUCCCAAGUGCAAAAUGAGGUCGAACCCUUACGACCUAUCGUGUCGCAAUUUCCCAACUCUCUUCUGCAUCAUCUGUGCUCUAUGUGCAGAAACAUCAAUUUCGGUGGAGACUUCGACACACCAGACGGUGAAUAGAGGAGCGGCUAGGCAAAUAUACGGAAGUGGAAGCUUGAGACAAACCGGAAGUAGUCCAAUCCUCGCGGGAACAACCACCACUCCGUCUUUGCCAAAGGGCAAGGAAAAGGAAGAUAAUAAAAACUCUAUUCGUCAAGAGGACAAACACAAAGCCCAUGAACAUCGUCCUGAAGUUGAAGAGUACCCUUACGAAACACAUGGGGGCUACGGCUACGGCAGUGCGAUUGGGCGAACUCACCAGAAGACGCAGUCACAAUUGCCCCCGGGUUUCUUGGAAAAUGCGAGAUCGCCCAUUUUCCCACCAGACCACACUCACUCGGACGAUCUGCCAAGUUUCAGAAAUGGAGCGCCAGUUAAUGGGUUAGGAGGUCAUCAUCCGGGACGGGGUGGUUUUUACGGACCGUACGGCGUGGGACCCGGAGUCGGCAGGGGAGGAAUUCGGGGAAUAUCCUACAGAGGCUUCGACACUGGAGCGUACGAAACAGGAGGCUACGCGGAAGUCGAUCACAGUAGGGUUCGCAGUGGCUUGACUCGCGGUGGAUCUGGGUCAAUGUGGGAUUUCAAUAAACGCCUUGGUCAGGAUCAAAAAACCCUCAUUCAAGAAUUGGAGGACGAGAGCGAUAUGAAGGAUGCCCUUUCCCUAUCGUGCGCGUGGCUUUGCAAUCGGGAUCAAUUUCUCUGUCAGAAUUCUUGCACUUGUAUCAGUCUCGAGGCUCGUUGCGAUGGUCAGACGGAUUGUGAUGGCUCCGAGGACGAGAUUGAUUGCGAGGAUAUUUUAGAAUUAAAAACUUCCAAUGGAACGUGUUACGGCGAACGCAGUAUUCUUUGCCCGGCGACCGGAAGGUGCAUCGCCGAACACUGGCUCUGCGAUGGCGACGACGAUUGUGGCGACUUCUCCGACGAAUCUCAUUGCGGUUCGAUUAAGCCCGGGUGGAAAUUGCGAACCGUCAUGAAUUGCACCGAGGAUCAAUUCGAAUGCAGAAAUGGACUUUGCAUUCAGCAAUCAUGGCGUUGUGAUGGUGACAACGACUGUAAGGAUUUUUCCGACGAAGACAAUUGUGGUGGAAAAAGGAAAUGUAACGAUAAUGAAUUUUCCUGCAUGGAUGGAACUUGUAUUUUAAAUAACUAUCGAUGCGAUGGGGAAAAUGAUUGCGCUGACGGCUCAGAUGAACUCAAAUGUGAGAUAGUUGAAGUGAAUUGCAAGGAGAAUGAGUUCAAAUGCACUUAUCCGAGGUGCAUUUCUCAAGAAUAUAGAUGCGAUGGCGACGACGAUUGUGGGGAUCGAAGUGAUGAAGAUAAUUGCGAAAAUCUUGUUGGAGUCAGUUGUAACGCCAACGAAUUUAGAUGCAACAGCGGAAAGUGCAUAAGCAGAACGUGGGUUUGCGACAAGGAGCCCGAUUGUCAGGGGAAGGAAGAUGAAGAUAUGUGCGAGCAUCAAACGCCAAAGGAAUGCUCCCAGGAAGAAUUUACUUGCUCAACAGGUUCCUGUGUACCCCGUUUGUGGGUGUGUGACGGAGUACCAGACUGCAUUAAUGGUGAAGACGAACAAGGCUGUGCCGUAACUUGUGAUGCUACUCAAUAUCUUUGUAAAAAUUCCCAACCAGGAAACGAUUCUCAUUAUGUAUUCCAUCAUUAUCAUCGUGACUGCAUUAGUGUCAAGCAUGUUUGCGAUGGAGUGCCGGACUGUCCUGAAAGAGAUGAUGAGAUGAACUGUCCUCAAAAGCGUAAUUGCACGACUGAAGAUAAAUGUUCGCAAAAAUGUAUUUUAACUGUAGAUAAUAAAAAAGCGUGUGCGUGUGAACCUGGAUUUAUUUUGGGAGCGAACAAUCUCACUUGCUACGACAUCAACGAAUGCGAAUUCGAAAAGGAUCCGGUUUGUAGUCAAGUGUGCAAAAACACAAUAGGUUCGUUUGUCUGUAGCUGUCUGCCGGGUUACGUUCUUAGACCAGAUUUAAGAACCUGUAAAGCCCUAGGGGCCAAUCCGACAUUAUUGUUCGCAAACAGAGUCGAUAUCAGACAGGUGAGCAUGACGGGUCCAAAGUACACAUCAGUAUUGAAAGGUCUUCACAAUGCCAUAGCACUGGACUAUCAUUACAAGAGAAGCACUAUUUACUGGUCUGACGUUUCCAUGGACGUCAUACAGAAAGUCUUUGUUAACGGAACUGGCACUGAAGAUGUGGUUCGAUGGGGUCUCCAGUCAACGGGUGGAAUUGCCAUCGACUGGAUUCACGAUCUGCUCUUUUGGACCGACUCCGGGACGAGAAGAGUCGAAGUAAUUACUCUGGACACAAAAGUGAGACAUGUGCUCAUUUCGAACGAUAUCGAAAAACCGAGAGCUAUCGCAGUUCAUCCGAAUUUCGGCUACGUCUACUGGACCGAUUGGGGUCUGAAUCCUAAAAUCGAACGAGCAAACAUGGAUGGUUCGGACAGGAGAGAAGUAAUAAAGGAAUCAAUUUUCUGGCCGAACGGAUUAACGAUUGACUACACGACUGAUCGAAUUUACUGGACAGACGCCAAACAUCAUGCAAUUGAAUCGUCUCAUCUGGAUGGUUCGGACAGAAAGAAGAUGAUGAGUAAAGGUCUGCCUCAUCCUUUCGCCAUCACCGUUUUCGAAGACCAACUCUACUGGACCGACUGGCACCUGAAGAGCAUCUCCUCCGCCAACAAAGCGAGUGGCAGGGGAUUCAAAACUAUUCACUCAGGUCUCCGCUUCCCGAUGGACCUUCACAGCUAUCAUCCUCAGCGACAACCGGACUAUGUCAAUCAUUGCGGGAAAGAUAAUGGCAAAUGCUCCCACAUGUGCCUUCCCAACAACACCGGUUAUAGUUGUGUUUGUCCAGUGGGGUUGAAAAUCAAUCGAGACGGAAAGACGUGCGCCAAUGUUCUCGAUAAUAUUCUAAUUUUCACUAGAAAGAAAGAUCUCAGAAUUAUGCCAAUCGAGGAAUCUGCCAGAGUCUACGACAACGUCAUUCCCGUCGAUCAUGUUCAAAGUGCCGUCGGUCUUACCUGGGACUCCGAUGAGGAUAUGAUUUACUGGAGUGAUUUGGACGCCAACACGAUCAGCAGGGCUUUCCUGAAUGGCACCAAUCAAACUGCUAUUAUUAGCCACAAUUUAGAAUCACCAGCUGGACUGGCGAUAGACUGGAUUACCAGAAAGAUUUAUUGGACGGACGCUGGAACGAAGAGGAUAGAAUGUGCGAAUCUAGAUGGAACCAUGAGAACUCUUCUCAUUCACGAAGGUCACGACAAACCGAGAGAUAUUAUUCUGGACCCAACUACCGGACACAUGUAUUGGAGCGAUUGGGGCGAGAAGGGAAAAAUAGAAAAAGCAUCGAUGGACGGCACUGAUCGUAGAGUCCUCUUUGGAACCGACCUAACUUGGCCCAAUGGAUUAGCUAUCGACUUCGAUAAGAAGAGACUCUACUGGACGGAUGCUGGCACUCAGAAAAUAGAAUUUUCAACACUCGACGGCAAAGGCAGAACCUCACUAAUAUCUUCCAAGGAAAUUCUCCUUCAUCCGUUUGGACUAGUUGUGCACAAGGACAAGAUAUACUGGACCGAUUGGAACACAAAAAGCAUUCAUCGAGCUGAUAAGGAGACGGGAAAGAACAUCACGACUAUCAUAUCGAGCAUCUCGAGUCUCAUGGACGUGAGAGUCUUUCAUAGAAAUCGAAGAAGAGUGAGCAAUCCUUGCAAGAACAAUAAUGGAAAUUGUUCCCACUUGUGUCUUCUCGCAACAAAUCCUAAACGUUACAAAUGUGCUUGUCCUACCGGUCUCGUCUUAGGGCCGGAUGGAACUACUUGUCCAGACGUUCCAAAUAAAUUCCUCCUAAUGGCUCACCGGGUGGACAUAAGAAUUGUCUCCUUUGAUGUGAAUUACGUACUGGACGUUGUCCUCCCAAUAUCCAAUUUAAAGAACGCCAGCGGUGUUGAUGUGAAUUUAGUGAAUGGCGAAAUCUACUGGACUGAUCCUGGAGAGGAUGUUAUCAAGAGGACAAACUUUAAUGGCAGCUUUGUGGAAACGGUGAUUAAUACCGGAAUAGAUGUUGCCGACAGUCUUGUUGUCGAUUCAAUUGGCAGAAAGCUCUACUGGACAGAUGCUGGUUUGAACAGUAUCGAAGUCUGUGAACUCGACGGAAGAAAUCGAAAGGUUCUUAUUUGGUCGGGGUUGGAUAAUCCCAGAGCAAUGGCGAUUUACUAUUCGGCGGGUCUUCUGUUUUGGUCAGAUUGGGGACACAAUGCGCGAAUAGAGAGAGCCAAUAUGGACGGUGAGAAACGGAUGACGGUGGUUACGGAAAAUCUUGCCUGGCCUAAUGGUCUGUCGAUUGACAUUGGAAAGGGCAAGAUCUACUGGAACGAUGCCAAGAAAAAGGUGAUUGAAUCCGCCGAUCUCGAUGGACGAAACAGAAAGGUUCUGAUCGAGAAAGCGGGACAUCCUUACGGUCUUGCCGUCAUGGGAAACACCAUCUACUGGAGCGACUGGCAGGAGAAGGCUGUCCUUCAAACGGACAAGAACAAUGGUUCCGCUAAAGUAUUCAUCGAUAAAAUCGAGGGCGUCAUGGACUUGAGAGCAGUUGUCUGGUCGGAUCUUACACAAUCAGAAAACGUUUGCGAAAAUAAUAACGGCGGAUGUUCGCAUUUGUGUCUGCGAAAUCCCUCUGGCUAUUCUUGUGCUUGUCCAACUGGUAUCAAUAUUAACGAUGACAGAAAAACCUGUAACGUUACUCCAACUAAUUUCUUACUCUUCGCUACCAGAAAGACCCUAGAGAGGAUAUCUCUAGACACUCCAGAAAUGAGGAGUGUUUCCCUUCCUAUCGACGAGGUUCACAAUGCCUUCUCGGUCGAUUUCCAUUGGCAAAAGAAACUGAUCGUUUACACCGAUGUUCAUCUACGAAUUAUUAGAACUGUCAACAUGUUUAAUCUAUCGGACACAAAAUCGAUAAUUUUUGGUUCUAAUAUGUCGGCACCUUUUGGGGUAGCAGUCGAUUGGAUUGCUGAUAAUCUUUACUGGACCGACAUGAAGAACAGUUUAAUCGAAGUCUCGAAACUUGACGGUAGCAGAAGGAAGAAAUUGUUAGAUAAUCUGAAAGAUCCUAGAUCAAUUGCCUUGUUUCCAAAAGAGGGUUAUAUAUUCUGGACCGAGUGGGGAGAUCAUCCGAAGAUUGUCCGAGCCCUUCUAGACGGUUCUAUGAAAAAAACAAUAAUCUCUUCUGAUCUACAUUUUCCGAAUGGAUUGUCCAUUGACUAUACGCACAGGAAACUGUAUUGGGCGGAUGCUUUGAAGGACAGAAUAGAAGUCUCUCAUCUUAACGGUCGUUUUCGGGUUGCACUCAUUCCGGAUGCUACGAAUCCAUUCGGUUUGACACAAUAUGGAGAGCACAUCUACUGGGCGGACUGGUCUAGAGAAAUAAUCGAACAAGCUGACAGGGUUAACGGUCAAAAUAGAAUUAGAUUUCGUCACGCCUUGGGGAGUGUUACUGACGCAAAAGCCGUUUCUGCUGAUCGACAAGUCGGAUGGAAUCCUUGUGCAAUAGAAAACGGACACUGCAGUCAUCUUUGCUUCUACACGAGGGGGAGUUACAAAUGCGCCUGUCCUAAUCAACCCGAUUCUCAACCCUGUUUCACAUCUCCACUAAAGGAAGUGCCACUCCGAAAGCCAGGAACGGAAAAUGACACAAACUACGAUGAGAUAGAUGACGAGGAGGAAGAGGAAGAGCUCAGAAAAUCCGAUGUCGUGACAAAGACAUCGACACGAAAUCACGGAGAUGAUAAAUUUAAAGAUCAUAAAUUUAAUCGAGAGAAGAGUUAUAGUCUGAAAACUGUCGUUAUUACAGUGGUGAUAAUGUUGAGCGUCACACUAGCUAUUGUCACACUAAUUAUUUAUCUACUCUGUCAAAGAAAGACGAAGCAAAAAAAGUAUCUCUACGUGAGCAGAAGAAAUGUUCUCACAUUUUCGAAUCCAAACUAUAAUGCUUCAAGUGGAGAAAUUGGUCCUUCAAAUCAACAGCAGGACAAAAAGUCUUUCAUAUGGAAAAGACUCAAAUACGACAAAUCUCAGAAAGCUAGUUCUUCAAAAGUUGAAUGCCCAAUCAAAUUGCAGCAUCUGCCGCUUCACUUUAUACAGAUGAAUGAAACAGAAACUACGUAGUGCCUAAAUUUAAAAAAACUAUCUAAUAACUUACUGAUUAACAGUGAAAAAAGCGAAAAAAGCAAAAGAAAAAGAACGAGAAUUAACGAAUUUUAACAUCAUUCUAAUCGUUAUUCUAUAAGACAAAAAUUAUAUUCUAAAAAAUUAUUCUGCUCGGUUCAAGACUAUACUAUAUAUUUAAUAUUUGAGCAGAUUCUUUAUUCUCGUAUUCCAUUUUUUUAUACUUAGAUUUAUUACAUAAAUAUAAAAAAUUCAAGUGCACGUGAAGAGUUUUAGAUUUUUCAGAUUAGAUUACAAAUUGAGUACAAAAUGAAAGAUUAAUUUUGAUUCAUUUCUGAUUUUAUAAAAAUUAAAAAACUAUAACUUUUUUGAUUAAAAAAUUAUAGUUGACACGAUUUUUGUCUUCAGCAUUUUGACACGACAUUGAAAUUAAAUUUUGCGAUGAAAUUUUCACGUUCUGAGAGUUGAAUGUCAUAAAAGACUGCCACUUGGUCUGGUAGCCUAGCGGUAAAGUACUACGGGAAUGCAUUAAACUCUAAGUCACGCGUUCGCUUCUCGUCAAAGAUGGAUUUUUUUUAUUUCACAUUUUCCAUAAUGUCGACAAUAAUUAUUACAAUUUAUUAUUAAUAAUUGCUUGUUAUUGUUCGUUAUUAUAAAUUGUUAUUAAUGAUUGCACUUUAUUAUAUAUGUUUAAACUAUUAGAAUUAAUAAUAUGUUAAUAACAAUUAUGUGUUGUUAAUUUUAUUAUUAUUACUACCAUUAUUAUUAAUUAUUAUUUUACAUAUUAUUAUUAUUAUUGACAUUGUUAUUAGUUUUAAUUGUUAUUGUUGCCAUUCUUAUUAUUAUUAUUUUUACUAAUUAUACAUAUUAUUAUUGUUUAUUGAAAGUAUGUUACGAUGACGUAACAAUGUUUAUUGCUAGAUUCAAUAUAAAUAAUCAAAAACUUAAAAAAAAAAUCACUUUGAUAAGAAUCGAACCCUAGCUGUGAAAUAUACUUGAAGGCAGUACCAGUACUUUACAGCACUAGACCACCAGUUCCGUUGAGAACUAAAUUUACAUAAAAAUGAAAUGAAAAAGCAGUGCCUAUAUUUUAACAAUAAUUUACACUUAUGAAUGAAUUUUCAGAAUCGAAAAUCUCAACUCAGAAUUUUGCUGCACUGUUUUGCCUUCCUCGUGAGAUAAGAUAAAUAAGAACUAAAAAUUGAUGUUCGAUAAUAGGCACUAAUAGGUUUUUGAAUGAAUUGAAUAGAUUCAAGUUUUCAUUUCUAAUACAAAUUUCUUUACAUGUAAAACUUGUUUGUUAACAAAAUUCUAAAAGUAAAAUUACUUUUUUAGUUUUUAAUAAUUAUUUAAAGAUUGUAAUAAGAUCAAGAUUAAUUAAAUAAUUAAGAAAUUAACUAAAGAAUAGUUUCAAAUUAGAGAAACCUAACUUUUCAUAUUUGUGACGCGCACUGAAGAAAGAGCGCUUGUGUCCCUUUCUUCAGCACGUGUCACAUAUUUAAAUCGUGAAUUUCAAGUGACUGUGAAAUAAAUAAUGAAAAUAGUUGAAAACGUGAGAUAAUAAAAAUAUAAUUAAAAAAAAGCUUGAAGACUGCAAAGAAAAUAGGAAGUAAAAAAUAUUAUAUUGUUAUGGCUAGAGAGGCUGUACUCAAUUUGCUUGGGCGAUUAUAUAAAAAACGAGAUUGAAACGAGAGAUUGCUGUCACGAAAAAUAAUGGGAGUUGAAAAACAAAAGAAUAAAUAAAAAAAUAAUGAAAGAAAUAAAAGAAAAAACUUACGAUGAU